AUGAAUGAAGGAUAUCUUGCUCAACAAAUGUUAUCUUCUAGACCUUUGUCAGCUAUACGUCGUACUCGCGCAGGAACUAUGCCCUCUUUUGUCAACAUGUCUCAACAAUCUUCCCUAUCACCUUUUCGAAGGUCUGUUGCUCCAGAACAUAUCUCUGACCAUGAUAUUCCCACCUCAACUGCUGUCAAUCGACAUAGAUCUGGUUCUCUCAAUCUAUCAACUCCUUCUCUUCAUGCCAAUCACUAUAUCAAUGGUUCUGUUUUUAACUCUCAAUGGUCAAAUCACAACAGUCUCAAUCAAUCUCAACAAACUACUCAACCAUCUUCACCUUCUACAGAACAGCUGUUACAAGAAGAUAGUGAUUUUUCAAUUGCUCGAACGUUACGGUCAAUUGGAUUAGAAGAAAGUCAUAGUGCCAGUGACGAUGAUCUUUUAAUACAGCAACAACAACAGUUACGCAGCCUUCUCUCUUCUGCAUCUUCCACUACAAAUCGAAGCCGUUCCUUCUCUGUCAAUGCUACUGCAAUGUAUCAAGACUCAUCUCCUGCUUUGCCACCUGUCAAUGAUAUGUGUUUGGAUCACUCCACUAUCUUAUCAAGUACCUAUGCAGGUCCAUUAGAAGAAUUUACUCGCGAACAAAACCGGCCUAGGUCUUCAAGUAUGGGUCUCAUGGAGCAAUCGUCACAAACAAAUGGAAAAUUAUCAUGGAAUUUACGAAGAUCACCUUUAUAUAACAUGGUGGAUACAAAUCAGGAUCAGGAACUCGGUGAAAUAGAACUUCAGCAUCAAUCACAGCAACAAAACGGACAUUUUCUAGACCAUCAUCUUCGUCAGCAACAACUUCAACAUGAUAUAUUGCCACGAAACAAUGGUACAAUAAUGGAUGAUAAUGCAUACUCUUUAGGUGACACUGAAUUAAUUUCAAAUAUGCUUCAUCAUCAACCUUCCUACAAUAAUAUCGAAUAUACCCAUGAUGGUUAUAAUGGUGCGCAGUGGAAUUCGGAGUAUUCACAUAUGAAACUAAGUCACUCAAGUCCUACCUAUCUUGAACAACAUUCACAACAACCAAUGUCCUCUAUUGUUCUUCAAACAGCUACAAGAUCUCUCUGGGUUGGAAAUAUCGAUGGAUCCGUGACGAUUGAUAUAUUGACGUCUCUCUUCUCUGGAUUUGGACCUAUUGAAAGUGUACGAUUGUUAUUGGAAAAAGAAUGCGCUUUUGUCAACUUCUUUUAUGUCGAAGAUGCAGUACAUGCCAAAGACGAUAUCCUGGGUCGUCUCGGUGGAAGAAUCGGUAAUUGUACGGUGCGUAUUGGAUUCGGAAAAGCAGAUAUGGCCAUGGCUCCUGAACCUAUAGUCUUGCAACCUACUCGUGCAUUAUGGCUGGGUAACAUCCCAGCAAAUGUGACACCAUCCAAUUUGCAUCAAUUGUUUUCUCCUUAUGGCUCUAUUGAAUCUGUUCGGGUACUUACUCAAAAGAAAUGUGGAUUUAUCAAUUUUGAAACAGUGGAAAGUGCGACAGCAGCAAAAGAAGCAUUGACCAACGAUGAGAUUGGAGGAAGUGUGUUUACUAAUGCUGGAACCAAAGCCGGUUUUGCUAAAGUAUUACCAAUGAAAACGACAUCUACUGAAUUAACAGGAACAACAUCAAAUCUAUCAAUAAAUGAUCCAUUCUUAUCUAAGCGUAAUACAACAAAUCGAACUACAGCACCUUCUAUAACCGCAAUACCAAAAAUAUCGUCAUCAGCAACAGCGACGUCAUUGACAAUAUCAUCCUCUUCAUCUUCAUCAAGCAUCGACAAUGGUCAACGGUCAGAAGAUUUAUGGUCAAUCAUGAAGAUUUAUGGUGCAGAUGAUUCAGCGUAUACCAUGGUCACAGAUCUUGGUUCGUCAAACUACUUUGAAUCAAUUCCACCGGUGCCUGAACUUGGAGCCGAUCGAAAAUUCGACGCUGGACGUCUUCGAGAGAUACGCAAACGAUUAGAUGGUUUAACUUGUGGAGACCAAGAAAUCGACAAUAUUGCUAUGGAUUGUAUGGAUGAAAUGGCUGGACUUUGUAGUGAUUACAUUGGAAAUACUGUUGUCCAGCGAUUUUUUGAAAAAUGUAGUGAAGAUACAAAAACAAUGAUAUUGAAGCAAAUUGGACCUCAUCUUGCUGCUGGUGGUAUUCACAAGAAUGGAACUUGGGCUGUUCAAAAAAUUAUUGAUAAUGUGAAAACUUCGGAACAGAUUGAAAUUGUUGUGAAAAAUAUGAGACCAUAUGUACCUUCGCUAUUGCUGGAUCAAUUUGGAAAUUAUGCCGUACAGUGUUGUCUUCGUAUGGGUUCUUCGAACAACCAAUUUAUUUUUGAUGCUAUUGUGGAAAAACAACACUAUAUUGCUCAAGGUCGUUUUGGUGUACGUGCCAUUCGAGGUAUCUUAUCAAAUGAAUUGGUGACCGAUAAUCAAAGGAUAUUUGUUGCAGCUGCCUUGACACUGAAUGCAUCUUCUCUUGCUACAAAUGCUAACGGAACAUUGAUUCUGUCAUGGCUGAUGGACUCGACAAAAUUGAACAUCCCUUUACAACCUAUGGCAACACGAUUAACAGUACAUCUUGCUCGACUGUGUACUCACAAAAUUGGAUCACAAACAAUCAUGAAACUGGUCAAUCAUGAUCGAAGCACAGAUGCACAGGAAGUGGUGGUGAAUCGACUAUUACAGGACGAUAUUAUAUUGAUGGAUAUUAUGAUGGAUCAAGCACGUGGAUUAGGUGUAGUGCACAAACUUUUGAUUUCUACUCGUGAUGAUGAACUGGCUUCCAAGAUAUAUGAUCUACUGAUUGGCAUUGAAGAAAAAAACGGAACUGCGGCGGCUACUUGCUACAAGAAAUUGCUGGAUGAUUCAUUUUCGAUUCUGAACUCGAAGCAACAAUGA